AUUUUGACUCAGAUAAGCUUAGUUUCAAUCAACAAUCAUAUCGUAUGACGAACGAAUAUAGAGAAGAAAAUACCCCUGAUCACAUUGAGUUAAUAGAACCUAGCAUCAAUAUCAGUAAUGGUAGCAAUUCAAAAGUUUAUAAUAAUACUAACCAUAUAGAAAUCUCGGGUUUUAUAUCAGUGAGUGCAACAAUCUUCCAAGGAACUUCAGUUGAUUCAUAUAUUCAAAUUAAACAAUUGUACACUUUAAUUAAUGAGAAAAAAGAUGAAAUUAAUAAAAUGCUUGACUCUAAAUCGGUUUAUGCUAUAGGACCCUACUUUCAAAGUGGCUACUCUGUGUUAAGCAUUGCCUGCUAUGUCACAAAGCCUCUUAACAAAUUUUUGAUCAAUGAGCUUUUAAAUUUGUUCGAUAAUAUGUAUGAAAUAAUAGAAAUCAAUAAUGAAGGUAUAAAUAACGAAGCUAUAAUUCAAGAUAAAGUCCCAAGCGAUGGUUUACUAGAUAAUGAGGGGGAUAAAAAUCACGAAAAAACAAACGAAAGCGAAGAUAGAAGUAAUAGCGAGAAUAGUAGUGUUAAGAAUGAUCAAUUUAUUCAAGUCGUAUCUACAGCAAAAGCCAAAGAAGAUGAAGAUUUUCAGAGUUUUGAAAUCAAUGCUCGUAUCAGAGCAAACAUAAAUAAUGAGGAUAUUUUAAAUUUUAGUAUCGAGUUUGUCAAGUGUAAAGCAAGCCCAAUGCUCAAUAAAAUAUGUGAAUCAUUUCGGGGAUGGUUUGUUGGUUUCUAUCUUGAAUCUAUUAUAAUUGAGGUUUCUCCAAUAACAAUUAAUAACACGAAUGAUGAUCCAGAUAACGAAUUAGUUGCUUUUAUAUUAAAAGAAGCAUAUAGCCCACGGCCAAUUGGACCAGAAAAUUAUGAAGUUUCGACAGAUCAUGUGACAAAUAAUACUGUUCAACUUAAUCUUUCAACACAAAAUAUUGGUGCUAACUUAAGCCAUAGUUCAACAAAUAGUGAUAGUAUAAAAAAAACCACCAAUGUAUGGAAAAUGGAAGAUGAGUCUUGUUCAAUAAGAGGAGCGAAGUGGUUAUAUAAAAAUUUUAAUUUUUAUAAAAUUGAUGAUCACAGAAUGGGCCCAGAUCUAAGUUCUCGACAUUCAGGAAAAUGGGGUAUUACAGAAAGUAUGAAGGGGUUUCGAAUCACUAUUAAGCAAAUACUUCGCUGUGAUAUUAAUAUAAAAGCAACUAAUUCGUUAUCUGGAUCAUCAUUCGUGUUAUUAAUUGUUAUUGGAGAAACCUCAAUUAUAAUAGAUUCAAGAUAG